GUAUUCUAUCAGUCUGGGGUUCAUUUAAUUUCGCGCUCGCGAGUGGCGGGCGGCGCCGUAGGGGGUAAUUGCCCUCUCGAGACGUCGAGUAGUAAGGUAGUCGUGCUUAUUUCUACCUAAGCCUUCUCCAAACGCCUAACUGCAACCUUCUUCCUCUCUCGCUGCAAAGCUCUAUGAACAUGAUGGAACGAUUCUUCUCUUCGAGAAAGAGGCCUUUGCUAUCUCUUCUCGCCUUCUUCAUAUGGCUCAUGCCUCGCCUUGUCUCGGGACAGACAGCGAUACAGACUCAGUCGGUGCCUGCUAUCAUGCCCACAUUGGUUGGGCCAUCAAAACCGCGAACUACCCCUUGGGAAGAGCUUUGUACCACUAGAGGCCUAAUAGAACCAUGGAUGUAUUACUCUGCUUGCACAAACUCCGUCAUGCUGAAACAGCUCUCGUCGAGCGACUGCUCACCGUACGUAACACGAACCCUCAAGGACACCGACGCAUCGGAUGCCGCCGGUGUCUUGAUGGAUUGUUUCUGCCCAGCAUACCAGACUAUCGGAAGCGAAUGCUUGCAUUGGGUCUGUCCAUAUCAAGCAGAGGACUUGUACACCAAACAACUUCUCGAGGGUGUCUGCCCUGGGGUUUCUGCUGUAGCCAACGUUUCUUACCCGUUCCAGACUUCGGCUACCACGACUGCCGAGGGAACUACAACGGCGACUUCUAGGAGCAGCGGUCCUGAUGGUGCUGCCGGUUCGUUAAGAGUUCCAGUGGCUUUGUCCUUUGUAGCUGUCUCCAUCGGCCUGUUUUCGUCCUUGCUGUGAGAUAGCGAGAUACCGUGGGAAGGAAUCGGCUCUGCUAAUGUCUGAGUCAUCAUGGAAUUUCUUCUAUGGCCUAUCAAUAAGAAAGGAAUGACUUCCAAUGCCUCUACUCAGUGUGAUUCGUCCAUGUGUCUUCCAGAAUUACAUACUCUAGCGUAGAAAUCAAUUA